GCACCAUUUGGAUCACAGAGCAGACAGACAACCUCCACACUGACAACCCACUUCACUGAAGACUAUCAGCAUAUCCAGUAGUAAAAUAGAAGCCAUGGAUUUGCAUAUUGUAAAGAAAACUCAAAGCCUCACUACAGCUGAGGAGAUGAGGAACCAAACCAAGCUUAUGAUGCAGCCUUAUGCCAGCUGGGAGGAGUAUUUGACUCCUGCUACUUUCCCUAUAGCCAUCCUGGGAGAGCUGUGGUUCAUCUCCUGCAAUUCAAAUUCAGAUUUCUCCAUCAACAAGAACCCACCUAAAGUUGGCUACAAGUAUAUCAAAUACCCAGAGUCAUUUCGUGCCUGCCUCAUGCAGGUGUGUAACUUCAGUUGUUGGGUUUUCAAUGAGGCCCAUAAGAACAUGGAUGAGAUUAAGCUCCACACCAUGGAAGUUCCAGAUUACAUGAAGUCAGCUUUAAAGAUCCUGUUCGAAGGCAAUGAUGUGGUUAUUGAAGCUCAGCUCCCUAAACAGCUGGCUAAGAUUCAUGAAGUUGCACAAGACUGUGUUCUGCUGGGUGAUUCAACAGAGACACAGGUCAUUGAUGCCAUCAACAUUAUCCAAGAACUGCUGGAAGAAUGUGUAAAUGCUGAGUAUUUUUACAGCGAGAAGCUGGAUGAAAUCAAGAGGCAGCUGACUCCAAAACCACCAACAAUGUAUGUACCUGUAGAAUUUAGCACCAUUCAUCAAAUGUUGGUUAAGGGUAUUGAUGCCAUGAGGAGAGUGAAGGAGCAGUGGGAGAAGAUACGGUGCUUUUUUAAGAUGGUGUCCAACAUUGUGAAAAUUUACCUGAACCAAACCCUUAAAGAUUUUGUAUCCAUACUGGAGAAGACACAGAAGGUUUCCUACAACGCAAAGCUCUUCUCCAAAGAUCUGCUCUACAAUCAAGCCUUUCUAGCCACUAACAUCACCAACCUUGUCAACAUGAUCUCUACAACCUACACUGAGGUGUCCACCAAGCACAUCAUGGAUCGUGUCAGCUCUCUGGGAAAACUGAUGGUCAUGGACAAGAAAAAGCCAGAGUUUCAGUCUGAAGUUCAGCAUUUAAGGAACUCCUCUGAUGAGGCUCAGAAAGCCAUCUUUUAUUUUGUCCUCAAGAACAAGAAGGAGUUUGAAGAGAAGAGUCUUGCAAGACUGGAGAAGAUUGAUAAAGAGUUGCUUGCCAUUCUCCCUGCUGCUGCUCCAGAAGAGCUGAAGAGCAUUCAAGCAGCUGUUAAAAGUGGAUUCACAGAAGAAGAUGAAUCAGCCUACGCCUGAGUGAAUAAACAAAAGUUCUUCUCUACAAUUAUAUCCAAUAAAGCUCCUAAAGUAUAAAACAAGUGCCUUACACUGUAAUUAGCACAGUGUUCGUAUUCAAGCUUCUUAUCACAUGUGAUCAUAAAUAUCAUGUGAGCAUCAUAUCAUUCAUUUUUGUCACUUUUAAUUAACUUGUUUUUUCUAAUUACAUUUACAUUACAAAUAUUAUACACACAUGUAAUAUUCUUGUGUAUGUUAAUAUAUGUGUAUGUAUUAAUGCUCUGUCUUCACAACAAAGUGACAAAUUUAUUCUGCACUUCAAACUAUUCUAUAAUACCACAAUAUAAUGUAUAUCUUUUUCCAUUAG